AUGUUGGUCCCGCGAUUCUGCUGCCUGCGUGUUCGAACACAGUUCGCAGCACUUACUCUCGCCCUCUUUCUCGCCUGGACCCUCUUACGAUGGCGUACCGCAUACGUCCCUGCCAAUCUCUUCGGGCACAUCUCCGACUUGACAGCAUCACACCAGAAGUUUUGGCGGGAUUUCCACACGCUGUUGGAACAGUGCUCACCUAAUACGACGGCACCGGUGAUCGAAAAUGAAAGGGCCCCGACAGAAGGGUUCAAACUCAAGGAUGCACCGCCGCGUCCAAACUACCUGCACAUUCCAGAUGAUGAUGUAGCCACACUGAAAGACGCGCAUACCCAAUUUGUGGACACAAUUUCCCAAUCGCCUCCUCAACUUAGCUAUAUACCCGACACAAAGGGCGUGGUCACGACCGCAGGCGGUUUCUACCUCCCCGUGCUAGUGAUUUCGCUGCGAAUGCUCCGUUGGACAGGAUCAACGCUACCCAUGGAAGUGUUUUUAGCGGAUGAGGAUGAGUAUGAGGAAUACAUCUGCGAUCAAGUGUUGCCAUCGCUCAAUGCACGGUGUCUAGUGCUAUCUCGGAUCCUGAGCGUUGCGCCGGUCAAUAUCGAGAAGUAUCAAUACAAGCCAUUUGCAAUGCUUUUCUCUUCGUUUGAAGAGAUUCUGUUUCUCGAUGCUGAUGCUUUUCCACUUGAAAAGCCGGAAGUUUUGUUCUGGGCGGAGCCUUUCCUUUCUAGGAAGAUGGUCACAUGGCCUGAUUUCUGGGGUUCCUCCGCAUCGCCUCUCUUCUACAAAAUCACUGGCCAGGUUGCUCCGCCAAUGGAACUCCGCCAAUCGACUGAAUCUGGUGAGCUACUCAUCUCAAAGAAGACUCAUACGCGUACCCUCCUGCUUUGUACGUACUACAACUACUGGGGCCCGUCACAUUAUUACCCGCUCUUGUCACAGGGCGCCGCAGGGGAGGGUGAUAAAGAGACUUUUUUGGCGGCUGCAUCAGUUAUGCAAGAGCAUUUCUAUCAGGUCAGCGAGCGUAUUUGCGCCCUGGGUCACGGUACCGACGGUGGCAUGGCAGGCUCCGCAAUGGCUCAAUUUAACCCCAUUCAGGACUUUGCGUUGACCAGCCAAGGGAAAUGGAGAGUUCGGGGCGACGAGGCACAAGCACCAAGUGUGUUCUUCAUUCAUGCUAAUUUUCCCAAGUUCAAUCCGGCAACUGUGUUCGACGACGGUGCAGUCAAUCCUGCUUUUGCCGAUGAUGGCAGCUAUACUCGUGCUUGGACAAUCCCUGAGAGUGUUGUCAAGGACUUCAGUUCCAAAGCUGAUGUUGAGAAGAUUUUCUGGCAAGAGAUUCUUUGGACGGCGUGCGAGCUUGAAGAUAAGUUUUCCACAUGGAGAGAUCAUGUUGAUAUAUGCGCUGCUGUGAAGGAUUAUUGGGGCGCUGUUUUCGGAGAUGAGAGGCUUCGCGAAGAACGUACAUGA